AUGGAAAAGGAAUGGAAAGAAAAAGUAGAAGUUGAAGAUCAUGAAGACACGGACACGAUCACGUACAAGAAACUUGAUACUUUUUAUUUUAAAAAAGAACUUUCUGGACCCGGCCUGACUGGAGAAGAAAUACUUGUUAUUCCCCACAUCUUCUUAAUGACUGUGGUGGGAGUUGUGCACCGAGAUAAACCGGCAAUGCUCAACAUGAUGGGCAAAGCAUUUAAUGGGAUACUUGAUAAUCCCAAAGACAUUUUCAUGCGUGUGAAAGCCUUAGAUAUACUGUUCAGAGGAGUUGUUAUUAAUUGCGCACGAACAGAGUUUGCCCCUAAAGCAGUUUGCACAGCCCUGAAGAAAGAAGCAGCGGGACAACUGAUAUUCUUACCAAAUAAUCAAUACAUGUUUUCUAUAUUUGGCAUGCGUAAUGGUACAGCUGACAGCCACGUAGUGACUGUCGAACGUGGAAUGAAAAAUGUUAUGGAUGUUGGCAAAGUAGUCGAAGUAGACGGCAAACCCAAAAUGGAAUUGUUUCGAGACUCUUGCAAUGAGUACCAAGGAACUGAUGGUACAAUUUUUCCGCCGUUUUUGACUGAAUCCGAUCGCCUACAGACAUUUUCUGGUGAUUUAUGCAGAUCGUUUAAGGCCUGGUAUCAGAGGAAAAGCUCUUACCGUGGUAUCAAAACUAACCGAUACAUCACCAAUAUUGGAGACUACGCUAACGAUCCCGAACUACAGUGUUACUGCGAUUCCCUAGAAACAUGCCCGCCGAAAGGUCUUAUGGACCUGUCAAAGUGUAUUGGAGCUCCAAUGUACGUCUCACUACCACAUUUCUUGGACUGUGAUCCAAAACUAUUAGAAGGUGUAAAAGGUUUAAAUCCAGAUGUUAGCGAGCAUGAGAUUGCUAUCGAUUUCGAACCGAUAACGGGCACGCCUCUAGUUGCGAAGCAAAGAGUCCAGUUCAACAUAAGAUUGAUCAAGACAGAUAAAAUGGAACUGUGUAAGGAUUUACCAGAUACAAUUGCGCCCUUAUUUUGGGUCGAAGAGGGUAUACAAUUAAACAAAACUUUUGUAAACAUGCUGAAACACCAAUUGUUUAUACCAAAGCGUGUAGUGGGCGUAAUAAGGUGGCUUUUGGUAGCGUGUGGAACCCUUGGUGCUCUGGGUUGUUUAGUCUAUCACUUCAGAGACUCCAUCAUGCACUUAGCAGUAUCGUCCGAAUCACCAUCAGUGACCAAGGUCAACCCUGAAGGAGUUGAGGAAAAUAAUAUCAGCGUCAUCGAACAAGCGCGUGGGCCUACCAAAGUUGACAUCUAA